AUGCAUUGUGUUACGUGUUUCGUGGCAGUUCUGAUUCUCUGCGGAACGGCAAGUGAAUCGAGAGAAAUACCCUCGAAAAUAACUGGGGAUCAGAGAUUUGCUCCAACAUGUACACUCAAUAUCAAUAAUCAGCUGCCUAGCCCUCAGCCUCUGCUGUUGUUUCCUGGUACAGAAGAGUUCCGCUAUCCCACAUCCACAAACCGCUUGUUGCAGUUGAAUCCAGGAGAGACAAUAGAACUGGCCUGCACCAGUGGCUUUAAUCUAGCACCGAGCAAGAAUGCCAUCACCGUGUCCUGCGUCUUUGACAACAUUUUCAACUACGACAGUACUAUGUACCAAUUCAGCGACUUCUCAUGUAUACAGCUGUGGAAGAGUGCCGCACGACGUACCAAUGAACCCUGCGAAGAAGAUGCAUUCAUUAUCGAGAUUGGCUUCGAUAUGGGAACGCGCUUCCCCAAGAUCAUGGACAUUUGCCACAACGAGGAGACGUUCGAAAAUCAUUGGAUCAAACACGAAUUCCGUCCAGCCCAUGCCGGGUACCAGCAGAGUAAUCCUCGUCCCAGUUGGUAUCAGGGUAAUUUCUAUCCGGGGAUCGAUGCCAACUACCUCUACACCGUCAACAAGCAACGUCAGACAAUUGCAGAGAUUCUGCAGUCGCAAGAACUUGCCGAUGGAUUGGUUAAGGAUACCAACUCGGGAAUUUUCAUGGCCCGUGGUCACAUCGCUGCCCGUGUGGAUUUCAUCUACGGAACCCAGCAAAAUGCUACGUUCUGGUUCUUGGUGGUUGCUCCCCAGUGGCAGAAGUUCAAUGACGGAAACUGGCUUCGUGUCGAGGAUGAAGUUCGCAGGUUCGUCGCCAACCGAAACAUCAACGUCACUGUGUACGGUGGAACAUACGGCGCUCAUACACAAACCGAUGCCAAUGGUGAUCAGCAACCAGUGUUUUUGGAUUUUGAUCCAAACGGAACGCAGCGACUGCCGGCUCCAAAGAUCUACUACAAAAUUUUACAUGACGAAAAGAACCAAGCCGGCAUCGUACUGAUUGGCGUGAAUGACAUUCACAUAACUUCGAUGGAUCAGAUCAACGAGGAUUACAUGUUCUGCGAGGACAUUGGAGACAAGGUCAGCUGGAUAAACUGGGACAGGAGAAACUUUACCAAAGGCUUUUCCUAUGCAUGUGAAGUGAAUCCGUUUCUCAAACGGAUUGGCCAUCUAGCAGAGUUGGAUGUUCCGAAUUUGUUGAUUUGAAUAAAAUUUUACAUCGAAUUA